CGCCAUGUGCGCGGCCGGGGUCACCGGCAGUGGCCGGGCUGCGGCCCGGAGGCUCGGCAGGGCCGGGGAGGCGGCUGGAGCCCCGCAGCCCGGCAGCAUCCCCAGGCGCAGCAGCAGGAGGAGGAGAAGUGUCCCCAUUGCCUAUGAAUGUGGGGACGAGCAGGGGGUGUCUGAGCCCCAGAGAACACGCUGGGAGCCCAAGGACUGGAGGCAGCAGCUGGAGCGCAUCCGGGAGAUGAGGAGGAGCAGGGAUGCGCCCGUCGAUGGGAUGGGAGUGGAGAAGUGCUACGAUAGCAGCGCUCCUCCGCAGGUCAUGCGCUACCAGGUGCUGCUGUCACUGAUGCUGUCCAGCCAGACCAAGGACCAGGUGACAUGGGCUGCAAUGCUGCGUCUCCGGCAGCACGGCCUCACCGUCGACAGCAUUUUGCAGAUGGAUGAUGCCACACUUGGACAGAUCAUUUAUCCCGUGGGAUUCUGGAGGAACAAGGUGAAGUACAUCAAGCAGACAACAGCCAUCCUGAAGCAGAAGUACGGCGGAGACAUCCCAAGGACCGUGGAGGAGCUGGUGCAGCUGCCAGGAGUCGGGCCCAAGAUGGCUUACUUGGCCAUGAACAUUGCCUGGGACAGCGUGUCUGGGAUAGCUGUGGACACUCACGUGCACAGGAUCUCCAACAGGCUGAAGUGGGUGAAGAAGGAGACCAAAUACCCUGAGGAGACUCGGGUGGCACUGGAGGAAUGGCUGCCCAGGGAUCUCUGGAGGGAGAUAAACUGGCUCCUGGUGGGCUUUGGCCAGCAGACCUGCCUGCCCGUGAAGCCGCGCUGCACCGAGUGCCUCAAUCAAGACAUUUGCCCAGCUGCUAAGAGGCACUGAGGGGUCCAUCUGGUCCUUGGAGAGCAGUAAAGCUGCUUCAGCUCAGCAGUAGCCCGGAGCUGAGCCCUGGCACAGCUGUGCAUUGCACGGGGCUGGCUGUGUGACUGCAGGGAAACAGGAGCCUGCUGCAGCCAGCUCAGCAUCACUGGGGAGCGAGCAGCCGCUGGCAAGGGCUGAGCUCUCAGAGGAAAAAGGGGCUUUCAGAGUGCAGCAGUCCUGCUGGGUCACGGCUGAAGGCUCCAGCCCUGUGUGAAUGCCUGAGUAUGCCCCAGCUGUGCUGCAGCAGGAGGAGCUGGAGAGGAGAGCUUUGUCCUGGAGGACUUGCUGCUGCUGCUGCUUGUAAAUACACGUGUAAUAAAGGUGGUGGGGUGUUUCUA